UUGACAAAGGCGGUGUAGCAUUCCGGACACAAAAUCAAAACAAUGCAACUUUUUUUGCGCAGAACAUAACGAAAGUGAACGAGCAAACGAACAGCAAGGUGGAUCGCUUUAAAUGCACACAGUUGCUCCGUAAUUCGCCCGCGUAAACGACCACCGGCGGUGAUGUUCGAUUUGUUCGGGUUUAUUAGACAAUUGAUCGGCAGCAUGUUGGCGAUAUUUUCCUUCGGCAAAAAGAAGCUCUCCAACUCGCUGAGCGUGUACGUGAAGACCAACACGGGCAAUACGCUGGCGGUGGACCUCGAGCCGCACAUGGACAUAAAAGACGUGAAGGAGAUGGUCGCGCCCCGGCUGGGGCUGGAACCGCAGGAGCUGAAGAUCAUAUUCGCUGGCCGAGAGCUGUCCGAUACGACGACGAUCAGUGAAUGUGACCUAGGGCAGCAGUCAAUAAUACACGUCGUAAAAAGUAGACCGACCGCUAUCAAGACACCGCAGAAGAGACAGGCAAAACCGGCACUGAAUGCAACCAUCUCGGAGGAACCGUCGCCGGAGGAACAGCAGCAGCAACAGCAGCACAACAAACCCCUCUCGGAGACGAUGUCCGAGCUGACGGUGUUGGACGAACGGAAUGGUGACCAGUCCAUCCCGAUCGGCCGCACAAAAGCACACUUUUUCGUGUACUGCUCACAGUGCGAAAAGGUUUGCACCGGAAAGCUGCGUGUACGGUGCGGCAUCUGUGGCAGUGGAGCGUUCACCGUUCAUCGAGAUCCGACCUGCUGGGACGAUGUGCUGAAGCGGAAGCGCAUUACGGGGCACUGUGAAAAUUAUGAGGUUCCUUGUGUGGAAAAUGACGAAGGAGAACCACCGUUUACGGAGUUUUACUUCAAGUGCUCCGAACACUCGUCCGGUGGUGAGAAAGACUUUGCUGCUCCUCUGAGCCUGAUCAAGACGAACCACAAAAAUAUCCCCUGUAUUGCUUGCACCGACACGAGUGAAACAAUUCUCGUGUUCCCGUGUGUUGCCGGCCAUGUCUCCUGUUUGGAUUGCUUCCGCCAGUACUGUGUUACCCGGCUGCUGGAGCGCCAGUUUGUGGAGCAUCCCACCGGCGGCUACACACUGCAAUGUCCUGCCGGAUGCGACAAUUCCUUCAUCGAGGAUGUGCACCACUUUAAGCUGCUGAACAAGGAGCAGUACGAGCGGUACCAGCGGUUCGCGACGGAAGAGUUUGUGCUAAAGAACGGCGGUGUGCUCUGUCCCCAGCCGGGCUGCGGAAUGGGACUGCUGGUCGAUCCCGAGUGUCGACGGAUUCAGUGCCAGAAUGGUUGUGGUUACGUGUUCUGUCGAAGCUGCCUGCAGGGCUACCAUAUAGGGGAGUGCUUCGAAACGCCCACCCCCAGCACGCCCGGCAACGAGCAGGGGUACGCGAUCGAUCCGCUGCGCGCGUCGGAAGCGCGCUGGGACGAGGCGACCAAGAUCGCGAUCAAGGUGACGACGAAACCGUGCCCCCAGUGCCGCACCGCAACCGAGCGCGACGGUGGCUGCAUGCAUAUGGUUUGCACCCGGUCCGGCUGCGGGUUCGAGUGGUGCUGGGUGUGCCAAACCCCGUGGACGCGUGACUGUAUGGCGGCGCACUGGUUUGGAUGAGCAGUUUUUGUUUGUACGUUUGCGGUUUAUUAUCGUACAGAAAUAGAGACAAUUUUUAAAAGAAAGGUUCA